UCACUGCGAGCGCUUCCUUGCUCCGAUAGCGCCCCGGCCUCUCCCCCAGCUCGACACCAUGCCCAACUUCGCUGGCACCUGGAAGAUGCGCAGCAGCGAGAAUUUCGAUGAGCUCCUCAAGGCGCUGGGUGUGAACGCCAUGCUGAGGAAAGUGGCCGUGGCCGCAGCCUCCAAACCGCACGUGGAGAUCCGCCAGGACGGGGACCGCUUCUACAUCAAGACGGCCACCACCGUGCGCACCACCGAGAUCAACUUCAAGGUCGGGGAGGGCUUCGAUGAGGAGACGGUGGAUGGGCGCAAGUGCCGGAGUUUGCCCACUUGGGAGAAUGAAAAUAAAAUCUACUGCACACAAACUCUGGUGGAGGGCGACGGCCCGAAGACAUAUUGGACCCGGGAGCUGGCCAAUGAUGAGCUGAUUUUG